AUGGCAGGCAAGAGCGCCACUCUGGCUAGUUCUUUUCGGGAACUCGCGCUCUCACCUGAUGACAUUGCUACGCUUAUGCUCGAAGAUGACGAUGAGCUCAUAGUGUGUACCGAACCUUUUCCUACAGACGCUCUUACAUGUGGGAAUCGACGGUCUCUCACAGCAUAUAAGAGGGUAGAUAAGAAGAUCCGACCUGUGACGGGUGUUGUACCGGUCGAUCAGCAAGUCACGCGCCACCGACCUUCGGAAGAAGAGCUUUUCGCGGAUCAAGUCCCUCUCACUCCACAUCCUCCCGAGUUCACACCUUCGGAAAGGCUCACACGAGAUCGCCUCAUGGCUAUGAGCAUCAACAAGGACGGAUACCUCCUUCCCGAAGAAGAAAAGCUCUUCGCCCACAUUCUUCGAUUGAACGACACUUCUCUUGCUUUUGAAGAAAGCCAAAGAGGAACGCUGAAGGAAUCGUAUUUCUCACCUUACAUCUAUGUCACAAUUCCGCACAAGGCGUGGGAGUAUCGCAAUAUACCCAUUCCACCUGGGAUUCAUGACAAGGUGCUGAGUCUCUUACGGGAGAAGAUCAAAGCGGGUGUAUAUGAA